AUGUGCUCCCUUCCCAUGGCAAGAUACUACAUAAUUAAGGAUGCAGAUCAGAAGACGCUAUACAUGAGGGAUGGCCAGCUCCUGGUGGGAGACCCCGAUGCAGACAACUGUUGUGCUGAGAAAAUCUGCGUACUUCCCAACAGAGCCCUGGACCGCACCAAGGUCCCCAUACUCCUGGGGAUCCAGGGAGGGAGUCGUUGCCUGGCAUGUGUGGAAACAGAAGAGGGGCCUUCCCUGCAGCUGGAGGACGUGAGCAUCGAGGAUCUGUACAAGGGCGGUGAGCAGGCCACACGGUUCACCUUCUUCCAGAGCAGCAUGGGCUCUGCCUUCAGGCUGGAGGCUGCUGCCUGGCCUGGCUGGUUUCUCUGUGGCCCAGCAGAGUCCCAACAGCCAGUGAGGCUAGCCAAGGAGAGUGAUCCCUCAGCUCGCACUGAGUUCUACUUUGAACAAAGUCGAUAGGGAGCAGGAGGCUGAGUUCCGGCUUGGUGCC